AUGGACCUCCCAAAUUCGGUCAAGAAGCUGGGCGUGGCCCCUCAACAGGCCUACGACGCCAUCAUGCGCCGUGCCACAGCCGAGAAGGAUGAUCUGGAAGAGCUUCGCAUCGAGCGCAGGCUCCUGGUCCAGGGUCGAAAGCAUCUCAAGGCCAUGAAGGAUGUGAGCAAGACCAACGCGCGGGCUGCUCAGGUCAUUGAGGAUCGAAACAAGAAGGAGUUCGAACGGCAGCAGACGGCGCUGGACCGAGCCAUGAGUGAUCCCUGCCUAACCUGA